UUUUGAGGCUUUAAUCUUUCCUCAACAGGAGAGGCUUCAGUCCAACGUUGGGCUUCUUCACACAGCAUACACGUUUAUUCCAAGGAUUCGAGCUCCACCGAUAGGUAUUCACUGCUAAGAUAGAAGCUUUACUUACCAAACGGUUGAACAAUUGCAUGACCCUUGGGUCUGACUUUAACGGACCAGGGAAGCCAAACGAACCCCAUCCUUUGAUUCAAGAGAUUGAUUCUGAAAUACCAGUUUCCCAGCCUGCUCUUCAGUUGACGUACAGUAUUUUCGGGUCCUCCCCUCCAAUGCAAAGUUUUGAUCCAGCAAAGUUGCUCACGGACUCUGGGAAGCUACAAACACUCGAUAUACUACUGAAACACUUGCGAGCCGAAAAUCAUCGUGUACUCCUGUUUGCUCAAAUGACAAAAAUGUUGAAUAUUCUUGAGGAUUACAUGAAUUAUCGGAAGUAUAAAUACCUUAGACUCGAUGGAUCCUCCACUAUAAUGGAUCGUCGAGAUAUGGUCGGGGAAUUCCAACUUCGGAAUGAUAUUUUUGUGUUCUUAUUGAGCACAAGAGCUGGUGGGUUUGGCAUUAACUUAACAGCUGCUGAUACUGUCAUCUUCUAUGAAAAUGAUUGGAAUCCGACAUUGGAUUUGCAGGCGAUGGACAGAGCUCACCGUCUCGGACAGACAAAAGACGUCACCGUUUACAGAUUCAUAUGCAAAGAGACAGUUGAAGAGAAGAUUCUUGAAAGAGCUAGCCAGAAGAACACUGUUCAGCAGCUUAUCAUGACCGGCGGCCAUAUUCAAGGAGACAUCUUAGCUCCUGAGGAGGUCGUUUCUUUACUUCUCGACGAUGCGCAGUUGGAGCAAAAAUUACGAGAAAUACCUAUUGUGGCAAAGGGUAGAUAUCAGAACAAACAAGCGAAGGGUAUAAGAGUUGAUGCUGAGGGAGAUGCAUCCUUGGAGGAUUUAAUGAACACCGAAUCUCGGGGUACUGAAUAUGACGUUCCAUCUCCUGAUCCCGAAAAAACUAACUCCAGCACGAAAAAGAGAAAAUAG